AUGGGGGGCGGCAAGAAAAUCGCUUCGCCUCGAUAUCCCGGACGCGCCACCGCCGGCCGCGCCGGAACAGACCGCGGGCCGGGCGUCGCCGUACGUUAUUGUUACGCGCCGACGGCGUCUCGACGGUCGCCGAACCGGAGCGCUUUCGGACGAGACGCUUCGCGGGGCCGGCCGGCCGCUCGUGUCCGCAACGAACCGCGCGGACUAACACAGCGUCGCCGUAGUCGUACGGUCGCACGCGAGACGCCGGAGACGCGGGGUGCGCGCCGCGCCACCGAAUAUCGGCGUGUCUCGUCGCCGUCAGCCUCCGGACGCCGUGUCCGAGCGUGA